UGAGUUGUUUUUGUCCCUGCUGCUGUUCGCCGCCAUGUUGGGAUCAGUGCAGUAAAGAGAGAGAGAGAGGGAGAGAGAGAGAGAGGGAGAGGUGUGGAGCUCACUUUAGCGCAGCUACACGGGAUUAAAUCGGUGUUUUCUCUCUCUCUUCACUCUCACCGAGCAGAAAUGCGCUGCUCUCCUCCAGCUGCUGUUCGGUGUUAGCACUGUGAGCUAGCGCCGUGAGCCCGAGGCAGCAGGAACCGGACGGGAAUCUCAGCUCUGCUCUCCGCUCAGCACAAUGUUCUCCAAAAAGCCUCACGGAGAUGUGCGCAAAUCCACCCAGAAGGUGCUGGACCCCAAGAAGGACGUGCUGACGCGCCUCAAACAUCUGCGCAUCGUCAUAGAAAACGCUGAGUCGGCUGAACUGAAACACUUCUUUGACCAGAAUUAUUCUCACAUCUAUUACGUCUUCUUCGAGAACUUCGUCAGUAUUGAAGCAAACCUGAAACAGAAAGGUCAUAAAUCACAGAGGGAAGAGCUCGACUCCAUUCUGUUCAUAUUUGAGAAAAUUCUGCAGUUGUUGCCAGAGCGGAUUCACGGACGAUGGCAGUUUCACAGCAUCGGUCUCAUACUGAAGAAACUCCUGCACACUGGAAACUCCCUGAAGAUCCGCAGAGAGGGCGUGCGUCUCUUCCUGCUCUGGCUCCAGGCUCUGCAGUGUAACGCUCUGAGGGAGCAGCUGUGGAUUUUCGCCUGCUUGAUCCCGGGAUUCCCGGCUCCUCAGUGUGAACACACACCUCACACCCUGGACAGCAUCAUCAACCCCACACUCGUCCUGCAUGAGGCUCAGGUGACUCCUGAGGAGAUCAGCCCCCUGGUUCUGCCCCAGUCCGGAGAUAAAGCUCAGGAGGAUCUGACCGGUUACUUCCUGGAGGCGUUACUGAAGUACAUGGUCAACCAGGCUAAGAGUCUGGAGUGGAGGUGUAGAGAGAAUCAUGAGAAGGGUUUCGCUUUUCUCUUCGCCAACUUUAAGAAGUUUUAUCUUCCUCACAUCUUCCCAAACUUCUCCAAAGAGUCCAGCUUGUACGCCCCCAUCCUGGACAUUCCCCCGAUGAGGCCGAAGCCGUCUUACGUGGUUGUUAAAAGGGACCCCGACACUAACGAGGCUCUGUACUGCACUAAAGAGAGCUUCCUGAACGCACGGGUCAUCUUCAUCCGCUGGCUCGUCUCCUUCUGGCUAGAACCCAAAUCCAACACGCUGACAAACAUCCCCGGGGUGGAGGGCGAGAAUGUGCCGAAGAACAUCCAGAGAGCAGCCGCGGGUCUGGCCAUGCGUUCAGAAGAAGGUGGUCCUCGAUGUGCAGCUCUGGAUGGAGGAGGAGGAGAAUCGGAGCAGUCUCACUCCAACACGAGCACUCUGACGGAGAGAGAGCCGAGCUCGUCCAGUCUCUGCAGCAUGGAUGGAGAGAACCUCAGUGCCGUCGAGGUGGUGAAGAACGUUCUGUACUCCUCCAGGACCAACGUCAACUUCAUCACCGAGAUCUUCAGACAGGCGUUCUUGUUGCCGAUGUGUGAGGCGGCAGCGAUGCGUAAGGUGGUGCGUGUGUAUCAGGAGUGGAUCUCUCAAGAGGAAAAGCCUCCGUUUAUGGCGGAACCGGAGGAGGACGAGCGCUACCUCGACCCACAGGACCCGGUUCCUGGACCCGGCCCGGAGAACCACCACGAGGAGAGAGUGAUGAAGGACAGUGAGAUGUUGGAGUACAGUGUACAUGCAGGAGUACAGGCCACACUACAGGUUUUCAUCAUCAACUCCUCCAACGUGUUCCUGUUAGAGCCGGCUAACGAGCUGAAGCCUCUGCUGGAGGAACACAUCGACAUGUGCAAGCGCGUCCUCAACAUCUACCGCAGCCUCGUCAUGCACCAGAACAUGGACCAGAAAACAUGGGAGCAGAUCCUGCUGGUGUUGCUGAGGGUGACGGAGUGUGUGAUGAAGAGGCCUCCCUCCAUCAUGCCCCAGGGGAAAAAGAGUAACACACUCUCUGGCCGAUUAGCAGGAGCCAUUUUUCAGACUCUGAUCGUGGCGUGGAUUAAAGGGAACCUGAACGUGUUUAUCUCUCGGGACCUGUGGGACGAGCUGCUCUCCGUGCUCUCCUCUCUCACCUGCUGGGAGGAGCUCGUCACUGAGUGGUCCCUCACCAUGGAGACCCUCACCAAGGUGCUGGCCAGGAACCUGUACAGCCUGGACCUGAACGAGCUGCCACUCGAUAAGCUCAGCGAGCAGAAACUCAAGAAACACAAGGGCAAAGGUGGCGCUCAUGAGGGACAGAAGAUGGUGGUGGAUCGUUCCUUCUCUAAAGGAUGGAGUCGUGAUCCUCCGGGUCAGACUGUAGCCAUGCGGCAGCGCAGCGCCACCACCGCCGGCUCUCCGGGCAUCGAGAAGGCCAGGAGCAUCGUCAGGCAGAAAACCAUCGCGUUGCGUAGCCGCUCGACGGGUGACAGUCUGUUAUCGGCGGCGUUUAUCCGCAGUGCUAAAAGUGCUCCUGUGCUAAUCCACCCUGUGCACUCUCUCCUUCCUGACUCUGUCCUCACUCCCCUAGCUGACGAGCUGUCAGACAUGGAGGAACCCCCUCCGUCUCUCCGUGCCCCUCGUGUGCGUCACUCGUCUCAGAACGAGGAGAGUCCGGCAGGCGAGGUGUUCUGCGUCUCGGCCGAUGUGGAUCAGACGCCGCUCCCGCGCAGCAGCAGCGCCUCUGACAUCAUGGAGCCGCUCGUGAAAGGUGCACUUCCUGUUUCUGACACUCCCUCUCACACUGACCCCACCCACUGCCCCUCCCACAGCCCCGCCCACUCCCUCGAAGCAGCUGAUAGCAUCUAUGAGCACCUGUGCCAGGUACCAGAGCCUCAGCUCUCGUUCGUCCCUGAUUGGACAUUUCUGGAGGCCACACCCACAACCACACCUAGUUUACCGGAUGGAGGGGGAAGAGGAGGGAGAGAGGAUGACCUCAUCCUGGAGGGGGCGGAGCCAUGUCCAGAGGAAAAAGAGGAGGAGCCAGAGCCAGAGCCAGAGCCGGGCGAUCAGAGUUUCUAUGAGUGCAUAGAGCAGUGCGAGGCAGAGCAAGCGACCAAUCAGAAGCCGUUAUGUAGGCAAGACGCAACAGAGCGCCUGAUCGAGGUCAACUCCGCCCCACAUGCCGGGCUCCGCCCUCGAACUAAAAAACGUCCAGGAGGUGGCGUCCAUGUCACUUUCCGUCCCUCCACCGAGUCGGUGCACUUCCUGAACCCUCUAGACCCGAAGGAAGCUCACUGGAAAAGUCGACUUCGACGCCUGGGGCACUUCAGUGCGCACUCGCACCCCGGGGCGGGGCCGGCGACGAAGCUCAGAGAGGCGUCCGAGGAGGGGGAGGGGGUGCGUUCCCGCCAGCAGGGCGCGCUGUUAGGUGGCGUUUAUAAAUCCGUGGCUCACGCUCUCUCCAAACCGAAGAGCCAUGGAAAAACCGCUGCCUCGGACGCGCACCUGAAGGACCUGUACACGCAUUUUAUCGGCUAUUUCGGAAGAAAAGCUCCAGCCAGUAAAGAUGACCUGACGCAGAAGAUGCGCUCGGUGUCGAGUGAUGUGGAGAGCAGUAACCCCAACGUCAGCGAUCUGAUGGACGAGUUUAUCCAGGAGCGCCUCAGAGCCGGAGGAGCAUCGGGAAUGGCGAGGCGAGGCAGUAGUCCGGGCAGUUUGGAGAUUCCUAAGGAUUUUCCGGAUGUGUUGACUCGCUCGAGCACCACGCGCCCCGCUGAUGACCCCGGCGUGCCCUCCGAGUGGACCUCACCUGCCAGCGCCAGCGGGAGUGACAUCAUCAGCUCCGACAGCCAAUCAGAUUCCUUCAAUGCCUUCCAGUACGACAACAAAUUUGAGAACUUCAGCUUUUCCCCUGAGGUGUGUGCAGCGGGCUGUAUGGAGCAGGAGAGUGUGUGUGUGGCAGCGCACGUGGUGGAUGAACAGGAUCACUCCAGUCUCACUACACUGCACAUCGACUCUGAGACCAGCAGCCUGAGUCAACACGGCCUGUCUGCUGAUACACUCACCAUCACCGGUUCGGGGAGCGCGUCUCCAGUCCACUCCCGCUCACACACUCCAUCUCCUGCUACACUCACCACUGAACACGCUGAACACAAAGAUCUGCAGCUGGACGAGAAACUCCAUCACUCCGUCCUGCAGACCCCCGACGACCUGGAGGCGAGCGAGUUUCCCACGGAGGACUGCAGCGUGAUGGCCGGCGGCUCGCUCACCGGUUGGCAUGCUGACGUUGCCACGGUGAUGUGGAGAAGGAUGCUCGGGAUUCUGGGAGAUGUGAACACUAUUAAAGACCCAGAGAUCCAUGCACAGGUGUUCGAUUACCUCUGUGAGCUCUGGCAGAACCUGGCCAAGAUCCGUGAUAAUCUGGGAAUCUCUAUCGACAAUCAGUCGUCUCCUCCUCCUCCGGACCUGAUUCCCCCACUGAGAAUCCUCACACCCUGGCUCUUUAAAGCCACCAUGUUGUCAGAGAAGUAUAAACAGGGGAAGCUGCACGCGUAUAAACUGAUCUGUAAGAUCAUGAAGAGGAGGCAGGACGUCUCGCCCAACUCCGACUUCCUCACACACUUCUACAACAUCAUGCACUGCGGCCUGCUGCACCACGACCAGGACAUUGUGAACACCAUCAUUAAACACUGCUCACCCCGUUUCUUCUCCAUCGGGCUGCCGGGAGCCACCAUGCUCAUCCUCGACUUCAUCGCUGCAGCCAGCAGAGUGACGGCCUGCUCCUCUCUCAACGCUCCGAGGGUGGAGGCUCAGAUCUUGUUGGGUUCUCUGGUGUGUUUUCCGAACCUGUAUGAGGAGCUUCCUGCUCUUCAUCCCACCACCGCUGAUGUCUUCCUGACCAAAUUUAAGGACGUCAAGGAGCACAUUAUUAAACACAUCUUAACCUCAGCUAGAGAUGAGCCGUCUGCCCCUGCCAGGUGUGUAGCUCUGUGUAGUUUAGGUAUAUGGCUGUGUGAGGAACUCGUCCACGGCACACGACACCCGCAGAUUAAAGAAGCUCUAAACGUCAUCUGUGUCACUCUGAAGUUUCCUAAUAAAACCGUGGCGCUGGUGGCUUCAGACAUCCUGCAUCUCCUCAUCAACUACGUCGACCAUCUGCAGAAGUUCCCCCCCGACACGCCCAAGAAAAUAGUGGAGAUCCUCAUAGCGACCAUCACCUACCUGCUGCCUACUACUGAGUCUUCUCCUCACGAGCUGGACAAGAGGCUGGUAGUGUCCCUCCUGCUGUGUUUGUUGGACUGGGUCAUGGCUCUUCCUCCGAAAACUCUGCUGCAGCCGAUUCAGACUCUUUCACAGGACAAAGACAAAUCAGACAGAACCGUCCUCAGUGCCAUCUAUAAGGUGCUGCACGGCUGUGUGUAUGGAGCUCAGAGUUUCAGUAAUCCUCGUUAUUUCCCUCUGAAUCUCUCUGACCUCAGCAGCUCGACCUUUGACCCCUUCCUAGUGCUGGAGAGUUUGAAGGAGCCCGAGCCCCUGCACUCGCCCGACUCGGAGCGCUCGUCUAAAAUACAGCCGGUCACUGAAGUGAGGAGCCGUAUGCAGCAGGGUCUGAUCUCCAUCACCGCUCGGACGCUGGUGUCUCACCUGUUGAAUCACCUGUCUCACUUCCCUCUGGGCGGGGGAGGUCCGGCCGCUCUGACCAGUCAGGUGUGUGAGAACCAGGACAACCCGUACUGCCAGAACGCCGACCUCGCUCCCGAGCUCUUCCACACGCCCAACCUGCAGUUCUUCGUCCUGAACGGUUCCACGCUGCUCUCCUGCCUCCAGAUCCGCUCCGACGACAACAUGGCCGCCGGUCUCGUCGCCCCCGACGCCUGCGUCCGCCUCGUCGUCAGGGACAUUUCUGGAAAGCACUCGUGGGAUUCGGCCGUGCUCUACGGCCCGCCUCAGUGCGCUCCUCAGAGCCGAGCGCCACGCUCACACACCUCCUCCAGUCCUGCAGGGAGCGACGGAGAGCACGCCGCAGAACCAGACUCGGUAGAGCAGGAUGAGAAGGACGACCUCUCGGAGAACAAGGAUGCGGAAAAAGAGGAGGACGAAGAAGAAGAAGGAGAGGAGGAAGAGGAGGAGGAGACGCUUUCAGAGACGAUGGCGCCGUUAGCGAAGCGGCGGUGCCGUGAAAUGAUUCCGAGUUGGGAUUCUCUUCAGGACGGUGAAGAUGUUUUGGACGAGGUGCUGCAGUACUUGGGUUCUUCGAGUCCAGAGUGCCUCCAGAGAACCGGAAUGCCGCUGAACAUCCCGGCUCCGCCCCCUUGCUGCGUGUCGGAGAAACAGGAGAACGACGUCAUCAACGCCAUCCUGAAGCAGAGCGCAGAGGAGUGGGACUUCGCCGCGAAACACGGCAACGACGUCCACAUGAAGGCGAUGGAGCAGCCGGAGCCCACGGCCCAGAGACCCCAGUCCGCCUUCUACUACUGCAGACUCCUGCUCAACAUCCUGGGCAUGAACUCCUGGGAGAAGAGGAGCAGCUUCCACCUGCUGAAGAAGAACGAGAAGCUGCUGAGGGAGCUGAAGAACCUCGACUCCAGACAGUGCCGCGAGACACACAAGAUCGCUGUGUUCUACGUGGCGGAGGGACAGGAGGACAAACACUCCAUUCUGUCCAACACCAGCGGCAGUCAGGCGUACGAGGACUUUGUGUCUGGACUGGGAUGGGAGGUGAACCUGACGAGUCACUGUGGCUUCAUGGGAGGUCUCCAGAGGAAUAAGAGUACGGGUUUGACCAUGCCGUACUUCGCCACGUCCACCGUGGAGGUCAUGUUCCACGUGUCCACUCGCAUGCCACCUGACUCAGACGACUCACUCACCAAAAAGCUAAGGCACCUGGGGAACGAUGAGGUUCACAUCGUGUGGUCGGAACACACGCGGGACUACAGGAGGGGAAUAAUCCCAACCGAGUUCGGAGACGUCCUCAUCGUCAUCUACCCCAUGAAGAACCACAUGUACAGCAUCCAGAUCAUCAAGAAACCAGAGGUGCCGUUCUUCGGGCCGCUGUUUGAUGGCGCUAUAGUGGACAGUAAGAUUUUACCCACGAUGGUGCGAGCGACGGCCAUCAACGCCAGCCGCGCUCUCAAAUCCCUCAUCGCCCUCUACCAGAACUUUUAUGAGGAGCGAGCGCGGUAUCUGGAGUCGAUCGUGGAGCACCACGUGGAGUUGAGCACAUUUGAGGACUAUGCAGCGCGUGUGUUUAGCCCCGCCCCGUUCCACCACCCUCCCAGCGAAUCAGGUUCCUUCCUGGAGAACCCGCUGUGUGAGAACCCGAGUGCGCCGCUGGACGCCGCUGAUUUCUCGUCGCCCAUCUCUCCCCGAGCCAGCAAGAGCCGCGUGUCCAUGAAGCUGCGACGCUCGUCAGGAUCGGCCAACAAGACCUGAACACACACACACACACACACACACACACAGAGCACAUCGAUCACUAAAAUAUACACGCACUGCACACUCCACUGCACUGCUCACACACACACACACACACAGUCACGUGUUGAUAAUUGUUUGUAUGAUGCAUCAUGAUAUUUUGAUAAGUCGUGAAAUCGUUGUUUCUGAUGAAAGGUUACUGAGGACGCCGGCGCCAUGGUAACGGCCCGUGCGUCUGUUCCGAUCCGUGGUUUCUGAUCUAACAUGGCCGUGUUACUGAGAUCAGACCGGAUUAAACACGGACUGAUCCCCACCUGCACGUUUCCUCAGCUUCAGUUACUGCCGUGUUUUAUUACUCUGUACACGCGAGGAAGCAAGUCGACUUCUCCGUGUGAAAUGAAACACAGCCGCUUCCUGUUACAUCAUUCAAUCAUCGCUUUAACGUUUUUAUCCGAUACGCAACACUACCGUUCUCUUCUGCUCGUCUAACACGCGUCCUCUUCACCUCAGACGCGCUCGAGCGGAACCUCCAGCUACCGCGCUCAUGCGCUUGGUGACUCCGCCCACUGCGCCGUCUCCUCUGUGAUUGUGCAGGAGAUUUUGGGGAAAAUAAAGUCAGAAUAUUAUCUGCUCAAAUUCGUCUAGAUUUAAAACUUCAUUCAUUCCCUUUUUAUACUAAACAGCUUAAAAAAUCAGAGUGAGAAAUGAGCGAAAAAAGAAAAGAUUCAAAAACCGGAAAAUAGUUUUGGAUUUGAAAAAAAAGAGCAAAAACUUUACUUUAAUAUAAACGAAAAAAUAUAUACACACACACACACACACACACACAUAUAUAUAUAGUGUGUGAAAAUAAAUUACAUUAAAUUUACUCAGUAAAUAAUUAAAGUAAAAAUUUACAGACUAUAAACUAGUAAAACAGGCAGAUCAUCAUAAUGAAAUUAUUAAUAGUCGAGACAGAAAGAAAAAAUCACGUAAAAUCUAAAAGUAUAUUUUGUAAAAUAAACACAGAUAUAAAUUCCGUCACGUGGACGAAUAAAUCAGUGACGCCGAAAAGUAAACAGCUCAGAAAUAACGCUCGAGUCGAGCUGGAGUUGCCGCUGCACUGGAGGCUCCGAGCUGCUGCUUCCCGCGAGCUUGAGGAGCGGAGAGGAAACGGCCAACCUGCACUUUCAUUUCACUCGAUUGUGUUUCUCUACUGUACAGAAGCACCGUGUGUGUGUGUGUGUGUGUGUGUGUGUGUGUGUGUGUGUGUGUGUUUAUUUCACUUCUAAUACCGCCACACGUGUGUGUGUGUUUGUAUAUAAAUAUAAAUAGAGUUGUGAGACGUGUAUCUGCGUAUUUAAGGGGUGUGUGUAGUGGGUGAGCAGCGUCUGGUCUGUGUACAUAAUAACAGUAUUUAAAGCAGCCGAGAAAAAACGAAACUAAACACUAAACACUAAACACUAAACGAGCCUCGAGUUCAGUACUGAAGCUUCGUCACUCUGCCGAAUCCACACACACACACACACACACACACACACAGCCAGGAGGCCCUUAUUUUCCUCCAGACGUGUGAAACGUGUCGGCCGGAGCGUUCUCUCUCACACUCAUACACACCUUUACACACGUCAGCUAAUGAUUCUUUACAAAAGUAAAAGCCGACCGCAUCACGAUGUCAGAGUUCAGCUCUGGAGCUAAAGAUAAACGAAACCAAACCAAAGACACAUCAGAGCCGUGGAUACACGCUGGAGCAAAAGUAAGUGCCCCCCAGACGUGCACUGAUUAACGCUGACUUCUAAAGCUCUUUUUUUAUUUAAGACGUUACAGUACUUUUCAUUUUUGAUUUUCUUUCCUGAAAUGUCGUUUUUGGUGAACAGUGAAAUUUUUUUUACUGCCUGAGAAAUGACUACAGACAGAUGAGGAACGCCUUCCUUCCUCCACACUCUAUAAAUAUGCAUGAAUAUGCAAAUAUGGGAACGCCCCCACAUCCUCCUGGCAUCUCCAACAGCUGUGAGUCAGCUAGCGAGCUGAAGAGCUAGUAAACCCGCUCCCGUUAGUCACAUGACUGGGAAUAUAACGUUACCAUGACGACUAAUCACCACCGUUAGUUAACUUAGCAAACUAGCUUAGCACACAGGUUGUGUUAGCGUUAUUAUUAUGGAGAUUAUUUUGUGACAUCACAAACCGAGCUCAUGCAUAGCCCCGCCCCCAAAUCAGUUUAUAUGUGGAAGAUCUGAGGAAGUCUCCGAGUUUCUCGGAGUGUUAGGGCCGCUCCGUCGCUGUUCAGGGCUCUGAGGUGUGUGUCUGCGGUUCAGGAAGGAGGGAAGAAGGUUUUAUAGAGUGUUUCUGCUGUAAAUGUGACGCGUCCCAGAAGCCUGAAUAUUUUCCACACAGGCUCGAGAUGGUUUUUCUCUCAGAAAGCUGAAACGUGGACGUGUGAGAUGCUGGUGUGCGUUACUGUCCAGAGAGAGAUCGCUGCAUGACGCACGUGCUAACUGCAUGCGUUAGGAAAACUACACAACACACACACACACACACACACACACACACAGAGUCUCAUCUACACGUUUGUAAAGAGGAAAAUCAGCUAAACACACAAAUAAAAAGUAUUCUUCUCACUUACA